UAGAGCCCUCCCAAACCAUGAAUGUUCAUAGAGUUAUUUAGCUUCCCUCACUGGCCUUCAUUUCCUUUUUGCAUCUGUGUCCAAUGGCUUCUUAUAGUAGCUCCAAGACCCUCGCAAUCCUAGCUCUUGCACUUGCCUUCUGUGUGCAAGGCUCUAUAGGUGGAGGAAUCGAAUGUGAGAAUCUCAACAAGGACUCGUGUGCAUUCGCGGUAUCAUCAUCCAGUAAGCGCUGUGUGCUCGAAAAAAUUGUGAAAAGGAGUGGAGAGGAAGCGUACAUGUGUCGUACAUCAGAGAUAGAGGCUGAUAAAUUGAAGGACUGGAUUGAGAACAACCAGUGCAUCGAAGCAUGCGGGCUUGAUCGGACGAUGCUUGGAAUCUCAUCGGACUCUCUUUUGGAGUCUCAAUUCACACACAAGCUUUGCUCAACUCAAUGCUACGAUAGCUGCCCCAACAUUGUGGACCUCUAUUUCAACCUUGCUGCUGGUGAAGGUGUAUUUCUUCCCAAAUUUUGUGAAGCACAAGGGGCAAAUGCACGCAGAGGAAUGGCUGAGAUCAAAAGUUCUGGACACGUGGCACCUGGACCUGAAUCAGAAGGUGACCACCCUGUGAAGUUUAUGACAGCUCCCCCAACAAUGGCUCCUUAUUGAUUUUGUUGAGCACUGCUAUUUUACUAUAUAUAUUGAAGAUGUUAUACUUAGCUUUUAAGGUUGGAUUAUCAGUAUACAAUAAGGAAGUUCAUCCAAAACUUUUAGUUAAGUAGCCGGACUUGAUGGCAUGUUUAUUUUGCUUUGCUUUGUGCCAAUAAGUCAGGUGCUAAUUACAAUUGGUUUGUAAGAUUGAUCCACCUUUGCGGUAAUUUUUGUCAUUUUUGAGUGAGAAAAUGAAAUGAUAUGGUUUUUUAUUGUA